UGCACGGGCGCGAGGCUGGAUCGGAAAAGCCGCCUCACGGGCGCGCCCGCCGGCCCCUCCCCGCCCCGGGCAGCCUCCCUUCCAGUCUCCGCUGCGCCCUCCCGGAGGCAGCGCUCGUGGCCGCCUCGCCAUGUCCCAGCCGGGCCAGAAGCCCGCCGCCUCCCCGCGGCCGCGGCGCGCUGCAGCGGCCCGCCGCACCCAGGAGCAUGUCUAUGAAAAAGACAGUGGAUCGCCUUCCAGGUCAGGAGAAAAGAAAGGAGCAGAUGAGAAAAAAGCCACAAGCCAUGAGAGCAGUCAGCCCUCCAGAACCCAUGCUGGUGGAAGAGCCCCGGCCACCAAGGUGUCUACUUCCUCUGCGUCAACCAGCAAGUCUUCCAGUAUGAACACCACAGAAAACAAGGCCAUUCCAGUCAGCAAACAGACGGAAGGAACACCUCCUCCUCACAAGAAAAGACACAAAAAACAGGCUGUAAAAUCGGAACCUGAAAAGAAGUCACAAUCAACUGAAGUAAGUGUUCCACCUCUACUUAUUGACGGGAAAAAAAUAGAAAAAAAGCCAAAGGAACAACACGAGCCGGAAAAUCUAUCCAAAAGCACAUCACAUACAGCAAGCAAGCAUGGUCAUAAAGAAAAAGCCGUUUCCAGGCCAAGUGAGCAGCCAACGUCAGAGAAACCAAGCAAACCAAAGACUAAAUCUCAGGACACAGGUGGAAAGAGUGCUGCUGCUGCUACUGCUGGUGUGGUUGUGGCCUCUGGCAAGUCAGACGACAAGAAAGAAGAAAAUAAAUCAUUAAUGUCGGCUGUACCAGUUGAGUCCAAACCGGGUGAACCAUCUGGAAAGUCAGGCAUGGAUGCUGCUCUGGAUGACUUAGUAGACACGUUGGGAGAACCUGAAGAAACUGAACACGAUAACACAACAUAUACUGGACCUGAAGUUUCAGAUCCCAUGACUUCUAUCUACAUAGAGGAAUUGGGUAAAAGAGAAGGCUCAAUUCCUCCAAAAUACAGGGAACUUUUGGAUUUUUCCACGGCUGCCAUAACAAAGAAUCACAGCCUGGAUGGCUUACCCAACAGAAAUAUAUUGUCUCACUGUUCUGGAAGCUGGGAGACUGGAAUCAAGAAAAAAGAAGGGAUCACAAGGCCUCCUCCAGACUCUCCGAAACCCCCGGGGCCCGAUGACGCCAUCGAUGCCUUGUCAUCUGACUUCACCUGCAGCUCUCCUACCACUGGUGGGAAGGAAACUGAGAAAGAGAAAUCUACGGGAGAAGUUUUAAAAGCUCAGUCAGCCGGAGUAAUCAGAAGUGCUGCUCCGCCCCAUGAGAAAAAAAGAAAGGUGGAGAAGGACGCAAUGAGCGACCAGGCACUGGAGGCUCUUUCGGCUUCGCUGGGCCGCCGGAAGUCGGAACCCGAGCUCGACCUCAGCUCCAUUGAGGAAGUCGACGAGGCAAAAUCCAAAGAAGAGAAACGAGAAAAGUGUGGUGAAGAUGACGAAACAGUCCCAGAGGAGUACAGAUUGAAACCAGCCAUGGAUAAAGAUGGAAAACCACUAUUGCCAGAGCCUGAAGAAAAAUCCAAGCCCCGGAGUGAAUCAGAACUCAUUGAUGAGCUUUCGGAAGAUUUUGACCAGGCUAAAUGUAAAGAAAAACCAUCUAAGCCAACUGAAAAAACAGAAGAACCGCAGGCCGCCGCCCCGGCUCCGGUGGGAGAGGAUGUGCCUCGCGCCUCCUUGUGCAGUGUGCAGUCAGCACCACCCAAGCCCGCGGCCUUGAAGGGCAUGGUGCCCGACGACGCUGUGGAAGCCUUGGCUGGCAGCCUGGGGAAACGGGAGGCGGACCCAGAAGAUGGAAAGCCGGCGGAGGAUAAAGUCAAGGAGAAAACCAAAGAGGAGGAUCGUGAAAAGCUUGGUGAAAAAGAAGAAACAAUUCCUCCCGACUAUAGACUAGAAGAGGCCAAGGACCAAGACGGGAAACCACUCCUGCCGAAAGAGUCCAAGGAAUCGCUCCCACCCUUGAGUGAAGACUUCCUUCUUGAUGCCUUGUCUAAGGACUUCGGUGGACCCCCAGACACUUCACCACUUAAGCCAUUGGACAAUACUAAACUCACAGCUGCCAUCUCCGAACUGGUUUCCCAAACCCCAGCUGCAACCACGCACUCCGCAGGCCCACCCCCUAGCACUCUGAAGGACAAAGAACUCGACGAUGCCCUGGAUCAACUUUCGGACAGUCUAGGGCAGAGGCAGCCUGAUCCAGAUGAGGACAAGCCAAUAAAGGAUAAAGUCAAGGAAAGAGCGAAAGCUGAACAUAGAGACAAGCUGGGAGAAAGAGAUGACACUAUCCCACCUGAAUACAGACACCUCUUGGAUAACGAUGAUAAGGACAAACCAGUGAAGCCACCCACAAGGGAACCAAAGAAACCUGCAGAUGAUCAAGACCCCAUUGAUUCCCUCUCAGGGGAUUUUGACAACUGUUCUUCAAGUACAGAAACCUCAGAGAACACAGCAAAGGACAAAGACAAGAAGACUGCUUCCAGCUCCAAAGCACCCAAGAAUGGGGGGAAAGCAAAGAAUUCUGCAAAGGCAAAGGAGGAAACUUCCAAGCCAAAAGCUGAUGAAAAAAAUACAAGUUAAAGUUCACACUAUUUGGUAUCUACAUAUAAAAUCUUCAGCUGGUGGUUGGUGACUUCUGAAGAACAAAAGGCUUUGACAACGAAUUUUUCUGGGUGGCUUCUAGACAGUGAUCUUUGUUGAGUUUUUUGACAUCCUAAACGUUGGUUUGUUAUUCUUUUCCCAGAAAGUGAAUUUGCCUGGUUCACCUGUGCUAUUGUACUGAGUAUUGAUAAACUUUGAAUUUUUAAAAAUUGCCUGCAGUUGGGAGAGAAGGGAACUUUAUAUUUCUAAGAGAUAUAUUUGAUAGUUUCUUAAAGCAACACACACACAAAAAAAAAAUAACAGGAAAAACCUUUGCAAAAUUUUGCACAUUCUACACGCAGUGCCUGUAAAUCUCAUUAGUAUUUUUGGUUUGCACUUAAUUUGUUGUUAUUGUUAGCAUUUGGAAAACAAUGCUGUAAACAUUCGUCAAUGUUCUGAUUUCUCAUUACCCCUUUCCCCUUGGGCUUUUGAACUGUACUUGAUGUUUCUCUGGGUUAAUGUUUAUAAGCCCAUUAAAUAUUGUACAUCGGGCACAUAUCUCCUCUUGGGCUGCUAAUAAUGAAUUGAUAGGUAACCUGGACAGACCAGGAAGCACUGCGCCUCUUUUCAGGUUAAACUCUUUGCCAGAGGUUAGGACUUAUGCACCUUAUAACCGCGCAAAACAUACUUACUGAGACUUGAAUCAAGUCAGAAGAGCAAGAUACAGACUAUAUUUCACUGCAUAGCAAGUCCCAAGAAUAAAAUCUACUCAGAAUAUUCAUAUGGCUUGAACUCUGUUGGUUUACUAUGUUACGCUGUGCUUCCACUCACGCUAUAUAAAACCUGAGUAGCGGUUGUUUGCUUAGUCUGUUGCACUGUAUAGCACCUGCCUUUAUGGGAAGUUAGGUUUACCCAAUACAAAACCGAACUUCUGCUUUAAAAAAAGAAAUCUGGAAUUUAAAAAUUCGCUCCCUUCCCCCUCACAGAAACUUAAGAACUAGGCUCUGUUGUCCUGCAACUUCGAAUGGUUUCUUAGAUCUUUCUGAAUUGCUCAUGAACAUAGCACUGAUGUCAUUGAUGAGAUUUUGAUAAUUUCAUCUUUACUUCCCAGUAGUGAAUGCAGGAAAAGAUAUCAGGUACAUAUCAUACACUGAUUUGGAAUUUCUUAUUUCAGAGAGCACAGCCUUCCUUAGCCUUUGUGUGGAGGUUUUAUUUAUUAGGACUUAGCUGACUUCAGUAAAUAUAUCACCACUAAUACUGUCUAAUAAGGGGGGGAGAGAGACAAAAACAAUAACACUGCUUAUAAUGGGCGUCAAAUUUUGUUAAUACCCUUAUAAAUUCUUUUUAAAAAUCAUGCAGUACCUAUGGGAUUUCAAGCUUCACCCACUUUAAAUGCUAUGUCUGUCCCAUCAGAGACACGGGGCAUUUUUCUAUUAUUCUACGUCUGGGAAAUAUAAGCCAGUGUUAUGGUGACUAAACAGACCUCUUCAAGGCACUGACAAGAAAAUAAAACACAUGUUUCCUGAGGGAUUUUAACUAUGUCUCUAAUUCUUCCAUUUGGGUAGUACAAAGUGGGGUGUUUUUGUUUGUUCAAAAAGGUAAAACCUUAGACACUGACAGAUGUGUUUGCAAGGAUAUGGCUGCAGUAUUAUUAACUUGAUGCAUAUAUAGUAUUUUUAAACAACAUACCAAAAUCCCGAGAUUUAAGGAAUGCCUGUAAAAGUAAACAUUUAAGGUACUCUGAAUAUGCUUUUUUUGUUUAUUAGAAAUGUCUUCAAGAGUUGGGUGUCUGUAAUUAAUGAUGGCUUGAGUCAGCUUCAGCAUCCAAAGCAGUCCUUUUCACCCAUCUAAUUAGGAGGAAAUAAUUGCAAAUAUCUGCUUACAGGUAAAUUAUAACCUUUUAUUAUCAAACAGGUUUUGCACAUUGUUGUGGCAAUAUUGUGUCCAUUUAGGAAAUGGACUUCUCCAAAAGCAACGGAAAGUAGGUUCCUCAGGUGACCAAACUGAAGAUCACUAUUUCCACGUUUCGUAUUUCAUUAAGUAAGAUGUAAAAUACAAUUAAAAAUAUUUUACACUCAAA